GUUCCAGGCGUUCAUUCCCGAUCAUGGAGCCCAGGCAGGCGGACGUGUCCAUCCCACUGCAGUCCUCCGGGUGGGGAGCGGCCGCCCCCGGCCCCCGGUCCGACCCGCAGCCCCGGGACUACGUGCUGUGGUCGUUGUUCAAUGUGCUGCUGUGGUGCUUGCUGGGCGGGCUGGGCUGCCUCGGCUUCCCAGCUCUCGUCUUCUCCAUCAAGGCCCGUGACUGCAAGUUCCUGGGGGACCUGGAGGGUGCCCGGCGUCACAGCGACCGCGCCAGGGUGGCGAACAUCAUCUGCUCCGUGGUGGUCGUCGUCGUCUUGGUGAUCUUCAUCACUGCCUUCGUCAUCAUGGUUUCCACACUCAGGGCCACCUGACCACCGCCCGGCCCCAUCCGCGGGGUGCUUCCCCCCCUCCUCCUGCCUCCAAAAUGUGCCCGUGCGGGGCGGGGGGGCGGAGGGAGUGACCCCCGGUCCCCUCGCUGCCCACACCGCGUGUGUCCCCGCACAGCCGCGGGAGGGGACGUGGUGGCCAGGCUAGGGGCAGCCCCUCACCCCGCUUUGCUCGGCUCAUGCGUUUCCCGGCUCUUGUGACACACCUGUCAGCGUUGCCACCAAUAAAGUUCGUCCCGCCGAACCCCCUCGCUGUCACCUCAGUCACCGCUGGACGCCGCAGAGCCCUCGGGCAUCUUUGUGGCGUCCUCCUCCUCCUCCUCCUCUUUCUCCUCCUCUUCCUCCUGCUCCUCUCCCUGCCGCGGAGCAGAGCUCUUCCAGCCCAAAUCCCUGGGAAGUUUCUUCCGCACGUCUUGGGCAUGGCAGAAAAAGGAAA